AUGUACCAGCCUCUUCUCCUCCUUCCCCUUCUCCUUACCUCGGCCCUUGCCACCCCCCAUGAUCCCACCGCUCACCAGGCCCUGGAGAAGCGCGCCUCCUUCCCCAUUCCGUCCUCCAAGGGCAGCGUCACCUACUCCUCUCCCAAGACCAUCAGCGGCACCUUUGACGGCGGUCUGAAGACCUACGGCCGUGGCGUCAAGUGCACUGGCCAGAAGGAAGGCGGCGACAAGGACGCCGUCUUCAUCCUCGAAGACGGUGCCACUCUUAAGAACGCCAUCAUCGGCGCCGACCAGAUCGAGGGUAUCCACUGCGAGGGCUCCUGCACCAUCCAGAACGUCUGGUGGACCGACGUCUGCGAGGACGCCCUCUCCCUGAAGGGCAGCGGCAGCGGCACCCACAAGAUCAUCGGCGGUGGCGCCCGCAACGCCGACGACAAGGUCAUCCAGCACAACUCCGGCGGCAAGGUGAUCAUCCAGGACUUCACCGUGCAGAACUUCGGCAAGCUGUACCGCGCCUGCGGCAACUGCAAGAAGCAGUUCAAGCGCACCGUCGAGAUCAGCGGCGUCAAGGCUUCCAGCGGCAAGGCCCUCGUCGGCAUCAACUCCAACUACGGCGAUACCGCUUCCAUCACCGGCUGCGCGACCAGCGUCAAGGAGAUCUGUGUCGAGUACGAGGGUACCAGCGACAACAGCAAGGAGCCCAAGAAGAAGGCUUCUGGCCCUAGCAGCUACUGCAAGUACAGUGAGCCUCUGAGCAAGUGUUAA